GGGGCAGUGGUUGAGCAGGACCCUGAGGCCUGGGGGUCGCCAUGACGGUGUGUUGGGCUCCGCAGGUGCGAAGCUCCAUGCUGCUUUUGUUCUCGACACCCCACUGCCCACUGUGGCUGCUUCUCCUUGUGCCGGGAAGCCUGGCCAACAAACUUAACGUCCCGCAGGUGUUGCUGCCCUUUGGCCGGGAACCAGGCCGGGUAUCCUUCCUGCUGGAGGCGCAGCGGGGCUGCUACACCUGGUACUCCACUCAUCAUGAUGCAGUAACUGUUGAGCCUUUAUAUGAAAAUGGCACCUUAUGUUCCCAGAAAGCUUUACUUGUUGCCGAAUCUACUCAACCCUUACGCCUCAGCAGUGUUAUUAUUGCUCGAGAGAUAGUAACUGACCAUGAACUGCGCUGUGAUGUUAAGGUUGACGUGAUAGACAGCAUUGAAAUUGUAUCUCGAACCCGAGAACUCUAUGUAGAUGAUUCACCACUGGAACUUAUGGUGAGGGCACUGGAUGCUGAAGGAAAUACUUUCAGUAGUUUGGCAAGGAUGGUGUUUGAGUGGAGCAUUGCCCAGGAUAAAGGGUCAACAAGAGAAGAACUGUGUAGCAAAAUUAGGAUUCUGAAGUAUUCUGAAGCAGAAUAUUCUCCCCCAGUGUACAUAGCUGAGAUGGAAAAAGAAGAGAAACAAGGAGAUAUGAUUUUGGUAUCUGGGAUGAGAACUGGUGCUGCUGUUGUAAAAGUUCGAAUUUAUGAACCAUUUUAUAAGAAAGUAGCAGCUGCAGUGAUACGUCUACUUGUUUUAGAAAACAUAUUUCUCAUACCAUCCCAUGAUGUUUAUCUCUUAGUAGGAGCAUAUAUUAAAUACCGAGUUGCAAAAAUGGUUCAGGGAAGAAUGAUAGAGGUGGAAUUUCCCCUGGAACAUUAUACAUUGGAAUUGCAAGACCAUACAGUUGUAUGUAAUUCUUCUCUUUCUGGGCAUGUUGCAUUACUGGACGAGAAAACAGCCACAGUGACUGCUAUCCACCUUGGUCAAACUAACCUUGUUUUUGUCCAUAAAAAUGUUCAUAUGCGAUUUGUGUCUGGACUCCCAAAUUGUACCAUAUAUGUUGUACAGCCUGGAUUUCUAGGUUUCACAGUCCAGCCUGGAGACAGAUGGAGUCUAGAGGUGGGACAGGUGUAUACCAUUACAGUGGAAGUGUUUGAUAAAAGCAGCACAAAGGUCUAUAUUUCAGAUAAUUUCAGGAUUAUGUACCAGUUUCUAAAUGAGUAUUUUGAAGAACAGCUAACUACUGUGAAUGGAUCUUACCAUGUAGUAAAAGCUGUGAAAGAUGGUGUCGUGGUGAUAAAUGCAUCCCUGACUUCCAUCAUUUGCCAGAAUAAAAAUAUUACACCUAUAAAACUGCCAAUUGUACAUCAGCAAGAAGUGAAGAUUUAUUUUCCCAUCAAACUUACACCUAACUUUCUGGCAUUUCCUUAUCAACCUGCAGAAAUGUUAUAUCGUUAUAAAGUACAGGUAGAGGGUGGCAGUGGCAACUUCACCUGGACCUCUUCUAAUGAAUCAGUGGCCAUGGUAACCACUAAAGGGGUAGUGACUGCAGGUCAGGUCAGAGGGCACUGUGCAGUUUUGGCCCGAGAUGUACAAAAUCCCUUUCGAUAUGGAGAAAUUAAGGUAUAUGUCCUGAAACUGAGCAAAAUGGAACUGUUACCAUUUCAUGCUGAUGUGGAGGUUGGGCAGAUUAUAGAAAUCCCCAUUGCAAUGUAUCAUGUAAAUAAGGACACAAAAGAUACCAUUCCAUUCACAGACUGCUCUCAUUUAUCUUUGGAUCUAAAUAUGGACAAGCAAGGAGUGUUUACUCUUUUCAAAGAAGGUAUUCAAAGACCUGGACCAACACACUGUUCCAGUAUACAUAUUGCAGCCAAAUCUCUGGGUUAUACUCUGGUUUCUGUUAGUGUUACUGAAUAUGAAGAGUACUUGGAGAGUAGUGCCACAUUUGCUGCUUAUGAACCUCUAAAGGCUCAAAACCCUGUGGAAGUGGCAUUGGUGACAUGGCAGUCUGUGAAAGAAAUAGUAUUUGAAGGAGGCCCUCGUCCGUGGAUCUUGGAGCCUUCCCGAUUCUUUCUGGAGUUGAGUGUGGAGAAGACGGAAACAAUUGAAAUAACACAAGUCCGACUGCCAGCAAAGAGAAAACAGAACCAGUACAUCUAUCGGGUCCUGUGCCUGCACUUAGGGGAGCAAGUCUUGACCUUCCGAACUGGAAAUCACCCAGGUGUCUUGAACCCUAGUCCAGCUAUAGAAGUUGUCCAGGUGCGCUUCAUAUGUGCUCACCCUGCCAGCAUGUCAGUAACCCCAGUAUACAACGUGCCAGCGAGUGCCCAGCCAUGUCCUCUGCCACAGCAUAACAAGCAACUGAUUCCUGUAUCAAGCCUGAGGGACACAGUCCUAGAGUUGGCAGUAUUUGAUCAGCACCGGAGAAAGUUUGACAAUUUCAGUUCACUAAUUCUCGAAUGGAAAUCCUCAAAUGAAACACUAGCUCAUUUUGAGGAUGGUAACUCAAUGGAGAUGGUAGCAAAGGAUGAUGGCAGUGGGCAGACCCGGCUACAUGGUCAUCAGAUACUUAAAGUACAUCAGAUUAAAGGAACUGUACUCAUUGGAGUCAAUUUUGUGGGCUAUUCAGUGAAGAAAAGUCCAAAUGAACUUUCCAACUUGCCCAGAUCUGCAGCUGUAGAGCUGCUUCUUGUGGAUGAUGUCACUGUAUUGCCUGAGAAUGCCACCAUUUAUAACCACCCUGAUGUGAAGGAAAUCUUUAACCUUGUGGAAGGAUCUGGCUAUUUUUCAGUCAAUAGCAGUGAACAAGACAUUGUCAUCAUCACCUACAUGGAAGCUGAAAGCUCUGUGGAGUUAGUUCCAGUACAUCCUGGAUUGCUCACCUUAGAAGUAUAUGAUCUGUGUUUGGCUUUCUUGGGUCCAGCAGUGGCCCACCUCAUGGUGUCAGACAUACAAGAACUGGAGCUUGAUCUGAUUGAUAAGGUUGAAAUAGGUAAAACUGUGUUAGUAACUGUGAGGGUUCUUGGUUCCUCCAAACACCCAUUCAGAAACAAAUACUUCAGAAACAUGGAGCUCAAACUACAGUUGGCUUCUGCCAUUGUCACCCUGACGUUAAUGGAGGAACAAGAUGAAUAUUCUGAAAAUUAUAUCCUUCGAGCUGUCACAAUUGGACAAACCACACUAGUGGCUAUUGCCAGGGACAAGAUGGGGAGAAAAUUCACAUCAACUCCUCGACAAAUUGAAGUGUUUCCUCCAUUCAGACUUGUUCCUGAGAAAGUAACACUGAUUCCAACUAACAUGAUACAGGUAAUGUCUGAAGGUGGCCCACAGCCCCAGUCUAUCAUUCACUUCUCCAUCAGUAACCAGUCUGUGGCUGUUGUAAACAGGAGGGGGCAAGUUACAGGCAAGAUGGUUGGCACAGCUGUGGUUCAUGGCACCAUCCAGACAGUAAAUGAAGAUACUGGUAAAGUCAUUGUGUUUUCACAGGAUGAAGUGCUAGUUGAAGUGGUUCAGCUACGGGCUGUUAGGAUCCUUGCAGCUGCAACCCGACUCAUCACAGCGACUGAGAUGCCAGUUUAUGUCAUGGGAGUGACCAGUACUCAGACCCCAUUCUCCUUCAGCAAUGCCAACCCUGGGCUUACAUUCCACUGGUCCAUGAGCAAACGGGAUGUUUUGGAUCUCAGACCCAGGCAUUCAGAGGUCUUUCUGCAGCUCCCAGAAGUGAGUAACUUUGCCAUGGUUGUCCACACAAAAGCAGCUGGUCGGACCAGUAUCAGAGUCACUGUCCAUUGCACGAACAGUUCCUCUGAACAGUUUGAGGGAAAUUUGUCAGAACUAUCUGACGAAGUUCAGAUCCUGGUAUUUGAGAAACUCCAACUUUUCUAUCCACAGUGCCAACCUGAGAAAAUUCUGAUGCCUAUGAAUUCUCAGCUCAAACUUCAUACCAACAGGGAUGGGGCUGCCAUUGUGAGUUCCCGAGUUCUCAAGUGUUUCCCUAAUUCAUCCAUCAUUGAAGAGGAUGGUGAAGGGCUCCUGAAAGCUGGUUCCAUUGCAGGUACUGCUGUGCUAGAAGUCACUUCAAUAGAACCUUUUGGAGUCAACCAAACAACCAUAACUGGAGUUCAGGUAGCACCUGUAACAUACCUGAGAAUGAGCAGCCACCCCAAGCUCUACACAGCCCAAGGAAGGACUUUAUCGGCUUUUCCCUUGGGCAUGUCUCUCACCUUCAUGGUCCAGUUUUAUAAUAACGUCGGAGAAAAGUUCCAUACACACAAUACCCAGCUUUACCUAGCUCUGAACAGAGAUGACCUGCUGCUUAUUGGUCCAGGAAAUAGGAACUAUACUUACAUGGCCCAGGCUGUGAACAGAGGGGUGACACUUGUGGGGCUCUGGGACCGGAGGCAUCCAGGCAUGGCAGACUAUAUUCCUGUUGCUGUAGAGCACGCCAUUGAACCAGACACCAAGCUUACCUUUGUUGGAGAUGUCAUCUGCUUUAGUACUUACCUCCUCAACCAAAAUGGUGAACCUGGGAUAUGGAUGAUUUCUGCUGAUAGUGUCCUACAGAUAGAUAUUGUCACUGGGGUAGGAGUGGCCAGGAGUCCAGGAACAGCAACAAUCUUUCAUGACAUCCCAGGAGUGGUGAAAACAUAUCGAGAAGUUGUAGUCAAUGCAUCCACAAGAUUAAUGCUCAGCUAUGACCUCAAGACUUACCUCACCAACACCCCUAACUCAACUGUGUUCCAGCUCUACAUCAGCACUGGCAGAAACGGUGUCAAUCUUAAAGGAUUUUGCACUCCAAGUCAAGCAUCAGCCAUUACAGCACUUCUUCCAGAGACCUUAGUGCUGUGCCAUGUGCAGUUCAGUAACACUCUGCUAGACAUCCCAGCAAGUAAAGUCUUUCACGUCCAUUCAGGCUUCAGCGUGGAGAAAGGGGUUUAUGUCUGCUUAAUCAAGGUUCGUUCCCAGUCAGCAGAGCUGCUGCAGGCCCUCAGCAUGGCCGACACCUCAGUCUAUGCCUGGGCCACCCUCAUCAGUGAACGUAGCAAAAAUGGAAUGCAAAGAAUCCUCAUUCCCUUCAUCCCAGCCUUUUAUACCAACCAGUCAGAACUGGUUCUCAGACACAAAGAAGACAUUGGGGAAAUAAGAGUUCUGGGAGUGGACAGAGUCCUUGAGAAGCUAGAGGUCUUCCCUAGCUCUCCUGCCCUGGUGGUCUCUGACCGUAGACACUCUUCCCUCACACCGGGCCUGGCUAUCUAUCAUGUGAGAGUGGUCAACUUCACCUCCCUCCAGCAGAUGGCAUCACCCGUUUUCAUCAACAUUUCCAGUGUGCUCACCAACCAACGUGAGGCCGUGCAAGUGAGAGCUAUGACAGAGAAGUCCUGUGCAGAUCAAUGUGAAGAUUCAAGUGUCCUCCAGAAGUUUGUGGGUUCUUACCAGAUCCUCCUCUUUACCCUCUUUGCGUUGUUGGCAUCAACAGCUUUCAUCUUUCUAGCAUACAAUGCUCUCCUAAACAAGGUACAGACAGUCCCAUUUGUUUAUGUACCAACUCUAGGAACACCACAGUCAGGUUCUUACACCUCCACUCGUUCUCCCCCUCCCUUCAUGAGCCAGCAACCCCCAGCAGCCCAGAGUAAACUACAACACUGGCUGUGGAGUAUAAAGCACUAAAACCUCCACUUGGACAACUGUUAAGAGACUGGAGAGCUUGAGCCCUACACAAAAUGCCAUACCCUUACACUCAGAAGCCUGUAAAUUUCAAAUAAAAUAUAAGUUGUUUUUACUUUAAA